GCAGCGGGGCAGCGGACGCCGCCGCCGGCAGGAUGGUCCUGGACAGCGUGGCCCGCAUCGUGAAGGUGCAGCUGCCCGCCUACCUCAAGCAGCUCCCGGUCCCCGAGAGCAUUACCGGCUUCGCCCGCCUCACAGUUUCAGAAUGGCUCCGCUUGCUGCCCUUCCUUGGUGUACUUGCACUUCUUGGCUACCUUGCAGUCCGUCCAUUCUUCCCGAAGAAGAAACAACAGAAGGAUAGCUUGAUUAAUCUUAAAAUACAAAAAGAGAAUCCCAAAGUGGUGAACGAAAUAAACAUUGAAGAUCUGUGUCUUACUAAAGCAGCUUAUUGUAGGUGUUGGCGUUCCAAGACGUUUCCUGCCUGUGAUGGGUCCCAUAAUAAGCACAAUGAAUUAACAGGCGAUAACGUGGGUCCACUCAUACUGAAGAAGAAAGAAGUGUAACAGUAGCCACUAAGAUUAAAACUCUUACAGUAACAUUUCCUCGUUUGUUGUGCAUAGGAAAACCUUUGGGAAUUUUAACUAUCAGUACUGGUUGAAUAAUUAUUUCUGCCAGUUAUUUUCUUGCUACACUACUGCUUAUAUUUGGUACUUUAUGUAUCUAGGCAUUUAUAUAGAAAUCAAAUUGUCAAGUAUUAUUCUGAAAUCAACAAUUAAUGUGUCUUUCAACAAUAAAGUCAACACUUCAGAUUUUAAUUAACUGGGAAUUUAAAGUUUGGCCAUGGGCCAAAAGUUAUUUUUUGCAUAUCAGUAUUUCAAAAGAAUGUAUAUUUUUUAAAAAGUUCUCCCUUGUAUUUUCAUAUUGUUUUGCUCAUUUGAAGUAGUUUGCCAUUCUUUGGCCUUUUGUGGAACUCUUAUGUUUUUAGAUGAAUUAUGAAAUAUAUUGCCAUCAAGAAUUAUUUUGAGGCAAUAAAACUCCUUGUUUUAUAGAGAUUUUGUCUCAUUACCAUGAUUAUCUCAAUUUCUAAAAAGUAAAUCAGAUAUAAAAAGUUCCAAUGACAAAAUUAUUUGCAUCAUAAAAAAUUGCCUCACCUUACCAAAGGCUUGUUCUUGCUCUGUGUGUGUGCGUGCGUUGUUUAACUUGGUGACAGCUAGGUGGCAAGAGCACUUAAUGCUAAGUUACACUUAUGAGCUACAGUUUGAAGGUCAACUCAAUAU